UUUUGGGGAUAACCGAUUUCACAGGAACAAUUUCAGGAUUAGAAAACCUUCAGAAACUGGAUAUAUCGGGAAAUGAUGGAACACAUUUCUCAGAGUUAUUUUUUGAUACAUUUCCAAGUAUUCAAUACCUCAAUCUAAACGAUAUGUCGAUAGGAAAUGAUUUUGUCUUCUGGCACGGAAGACGAUUAUUUAAGAAUUUAGUUAAACUGAAAAGUCUUCAUCUGGCUAACAAUAACCUUGCCCUUCUUCCUCGUGAUAUUUUCGUCGACAACAUAAACCUUGAACAUCUUGAUUUGUCUUUUAACAGGUUUCAGUCUCUGCCUUUGAAAAUAAUCAAUCUAAAUGCGCUGACUUCUAUUGUUAUGACAUUUAACUCCAUUAGUUACCUUAACAAAGAAGAACGAUAUGCCCUCGAUAUGAAAACAAUUUCAAAUCCUGUCCGUAUUUAUUUAGAUGGUAAUGUGUUUGCAUGUGGAUGUGAAAGUAGGAGUUCAAUAAUGUGGCUAUUUGAAACCAACGUUGUUCUUGACAACAAGGGCAACUACAGCUGUAUUUCGGAACACGGUUUGGUUACUACAACAUCUGCUAUGAUAGACCAAAUUGAGCUGUUAUUCAGGACGUGUUCUGGAAAAUUGUGGUUGUUUAUUGGUCUCUGCGGCUUAACUUUGAUGUUAGCUACUUUCUUGUCUGUCAUGCUAAUUAGUCGACUCAAGACACGAAUUAUUUACUGGAUUUUUAAAGUAUUGGGUCAUAAUGUCGAGAUCCCUAAACGAAAGGACUUUGAAUAUGAUCUGUUUGUUCUUCAUGCUGAUUCUGAAUACCAGUGGCUUUGUUACACUAUGAGGUUAAAUCUGGAGGAAGACCCACGAAGGAACAUCCGACUCUGCCUCAAAGAGAGAAACAUUCUACCAGGUGGAGCAAAGGCUGAGAGUAUCGUUGAAUGCCUUUACUCUAGCUGGAAAUCUGUUAUAAUUCUUACCCCAGAAUUUGUAGCUGAUGAAUGGUGUAUUUUUGCUAUGAGAACGGCCAUUUAUUCCAUAUCCACCCAGAUGCCAAGUCGAGUUAUUGUGCUUUGGGAAGAAAGCAUGACUGUACAGCUAGUACCUGAAGAAUUGCUUGCUGUGUUGGAUGAACGAAGCAUCAUAACGUUUUCCUGGCAGGUGGACAACAAUGAUAAAUUCUGGCAUGACCUAUACAAGAUGAUUAUUGACUGACCAUUGACUAUUCACAUUGCUAACUUAACCACAAUUACAUUUACUGUACGAUGUCUCAAUAUGUUUAUUAAUUUUUAAUAUAACAAAUGGAGAAUGUUUGUAUUUGUAUGCUACUUAUGUUAUAUAAUAUGUUAAAAUCAUUACUUUUCCUUUGCCCAACUAGAACACGGUAGCUCGAUUAAGCGCCUCUAUUCAUUCCAUGA